UACCGAGGAAGUCGCUGAAGCUCUAGCUUAGAGCUAUCUACCUAAAUCGCUGCUCUAAGAGCUACAUACACCUUCAUCCUUUCAUCCUCAUCUUCCACCUCUUCCUCCAUUACAUUAUCACUACAUAGUAUAUAACACAUUUAAUUGUCGUCAUAUCACUUCCAUAUCUCAUGAGUUGGUAAUUAUCCUGAUUCACCGCGCUACUUGCGCUCAAAAAUACGAUAUCUAUAUCUUGUAGCUGUUGUAUUUACGAUUUAUCAUCAUGGAGAAAUCGUCGUCUCCUACUGAUCGCUCGCCAGAGUCGGAAUCCAGAGAACCUUGGCCCAUAGCGCUGGCUAUUGUAUGUCUAAUUGUAAUUGGUGCUAUAUCAUCUAUUCAACCUCCGAAAUUUUCAUACGAAGGGUUCCAUCAACAAUACUAUAACGCCUUAACCAGCGGCGCAGUACAACACUGCUCUAGAUCACCCUACGGCCAAUUCCCACUCCCCGAUGAUCCAUUCCACUUCAUUCCUUGUACCAAUGCGACUAUCCCACCCGCACUCGACGAUUCUAAUCCCGACCAAAGCUGGGCUCAUCUAUUUGACCCGAAUCCCGAUCAUUGGAGCUGGGGAAAUGCGACAACUGAACAAAAUGGGCACCACGAAGAUCCAUAUGCUGGACGUGGAAUCUAUCUAUGCGGAUACCUCGAUGUUCCCUUAGACCAUACCAAUGAAUCCGACACCCGUAUCGUUCGACUCGCCGUAACGAAAUACCAAGUCUCAGGCCUAGCCCAACUCGAUGGGGCGGGUCUUCCUCGCACGAAAUCCGCGGGGAGCAAAAGCGAACGCACCAUUGUCAUUGAGCCUGGUGGGCCGGGUGGAAGUGGAACAUCAUACGCUUGGAGAGCAGCAGAGGACGUCACGAAGCGCCUCAGCGAUGGGAAAUUCGACGUCUUGGGGUGGGAUCCUCGUGGUGUCAACAUCACGUCGCCCUCUGUAGCUUGCUUCCCCUACAACGCCGACCGAGAUCGCUGGUCUAUGCUUACAGGGCAAUAUCGAGAGGUGUCUGGGUCACCCGAAACCCAACUAGAGCUUGCGGACGCUAUGAAUAAUGCUACAUUCCGCGCGUGCUUAGAAAGACAUGGCGAUCUCCCACGGUUUAUUGGUACAGCUUUUGUCGCGCGCGAUAUGGAGGAGAUUCGUAAGAACCUUGGCGAAGACGAGUUAACGGGCUACCUUGUGUCCUAUGGUACUGGUAUUGGCCAAACCUGGGCUAAUAUGUUUCCGGAUAGCGUGGGCCGCGUAAUUCUUGAUGGGACUGAAUACGUCCGAGAUCACCGUCUUCUUGGGGGUUUUGGAUGGACUGCACUGGAUAAUGCGACCGAUGCAUGGCGUGACGGUUUUCUAGGCGAGUGUCUUAAUGCUGGCCCGGAAUACUGCGCCUUGUCACGACCGAGGGGCUCCGAGCCAGUGUCCCUACAGGAGUUGGAAAUUCGAAUGAAGAAAUUAGUAGUGUCGAUCAGCCAGCGGCCCGUCCCGGGUUACCUCGAUUCUAGCGGUCCAUCUCUCAUUACAUACUCCUCCCUGGUAUCCGCCAUCUAUAGUGCAUUAUACAACGCCAAGUCUUGGCCCAGCCUUGCUCAAAUGCUGUACGAGCUAGAAGCUAGCAACUCAACUCUGGCAACGGCCAUGCUCGAACGAGCAGGAUGGGAGUAUGAUCCUACGCUGCCAUCUCCACCCUCGCCUAAGCCUUCAACCGACGAACUUGGGGCUCUAGUCAUAUGCGCCGACUCAUACGAUGCUCCUUUGCCACCAGAAGGUCUCGUUUGGUGGAAUUCAUUAUGGGCCAACAUGUCGACCCAAGCUUGGAUCUCAGGCAAUUCACGUUUCUUCAACGUUUUCCCAUGCCGACAUUUUCCUACGUAUUGGCCACAACCUGCUGAAGUCUACCGAGGGGAUCUGAACCACACGCUUAAGAACCCGGUCUUAUUAAUAGCAGAGACAUACGACCCAGCGACGCCUUUACGAAAUGGGAGAAGACUCUUAAAUGAGAUGGGAAAGAAUGCUAGAUUAGUUGUACAUCACGGUUACGGUCAUUCAUCCAGAGAUAAAUCUAGUUGCACAGAUUCUAUUGCGAAGACGUUCAUACUGAAUGGCACUCUACCCGACGAACAAGAGACGCCUUGCUAUGCCGACGAAAAGCCUUACCUCUAUGGUGUCAAUACAACGGGUGCUACUGCCCAGUCUAUCGCAGCAACAGACCCAAUCCAAGCUUGGCGAGAACAUAUUGAAGAGUUAGCAUUAUGGAAUCCUAGGCUACUUCCAACUAGGUGAUUUAAAUGUCAAGAUUUAAACAAUGCGUA